AACAGUUCCCUACCCGCAGGAUGCAGCGUCCUCUCCCUAGCAACAAGGUUCCCGCCGUAGAGCGAGCGGCUCUAAGUCUGAGGAACGUGGUGUCGUAAAGCCGCGGGUGUCGUAAACCAGGUGCGGUGUGGGGAGGCGCAGGACGUGGCUGGAACCUUCGGACAGUCGCAGGAGGAGCGGAAGGAUGGUCCCAGGUGUCGGCGCGGAAAGCCGACGAGCCGGCGGUGCAGCAACGGUGAGAUAUGGCAACACUGAAACAUCCAUUGAUAGGUGAACGGAUAAAGAAAAAGUGGUGGACAUGCACAGUGGAAUAGUGUUCAACCUUGAAAAAGGACAUUUUGACACAUUCUCCAUUAGCAAUGAACCUGAAGACAUGCUAAUUUUCAUAAACCAGUCACAAAAGGAGAAAUUCUGUUAAUUCUACUUAUAUGAGUUAUUGAUGGUCAUCCCAAGUCCGAAGCAGACUGAUUCUCCUUCAGAUGUAUGGUGAGAACGUAAAUAUAGCAGUCCAAUGCUACACUGCAAUGCCCACAUCAUUCACCUCACUUCAUGUCAUCACAUGGGAAUUUCAUCAUCUUACAUCAUUACAAGAAGGACCUGGACAAGUAGAGCACAGUAAUGGGGAACCACACAAGAGUGACAGUGUUCAUCCUAACAGGUCUGACUGAUGAUCCACAGCUGGAGGUGGUGUUGUUUACCUUCCUGCUGCUCACCUACCUGCUCAGCAUCACUGGCAAUCUGAUCAUCAUCACACUCACCCUGCUGGAUACUCACCUCAAGACCCCCAUGUACUUCUUCCUUCGGAAUUUUUCCUUCCUAGAAAUUACCUAUACCACUACAUGCAUCCCUAAAUUGCUGAUGAUGAUGGCAACUGGGGACAAAACCAUUUCCUAUAACAGUUGUGCAGCUCAGGUGUUUUUUGCCUUCCUUCUCGGAGCAUCUGAAUUUUACCUGCUGGCAGCCAUGUCCUAUGACCGCUAUGUUGCCAUCUGUAAGCACCUGCAUUACACAGCCAUCAUGAACACUAAAAUCUGCACACAGCUUGUCUUCUGUUGUUGGCUUGCAGGUUUUUUUGUCUUCUUACCACCACUCCUCUUAGGCCUAAACAUUGAUUUCUGUGACUCCAACACUGUUGAUCAUUUCUACUGUGACACAACUCCCCUCCUGCAGAUCUCCUGCUCAGACACACAGCUGUUUGAGACAAUGGGAUUCGUUUCUGCUGUGAUGACACUCCUGGUCACCUUGGCAAUGGUGAUAAUAUCAUAUACGUAUAUUGCGAUAACAAUUCUAAAAAUCCCUUCAGCCAAUCAGAGGAAAAAAGCUUUCUCAACAUGUUCUUCUCACAUGAUUGUGAUCUCCCUUUCUUAUGGCAGCUGCAUCUUCAUGUAUGUUAAACCAUCAGUGAAACAGAGAGUAUCUUUUUCCAAGGGAAUUGCAGUUCUCAAUACCUCUGUUGCACCACUUUUGAACCCUUUCAUCUACACCUUACGGAACCAACAGGUAAAAAAAUCCUUCAUGAAUAUGAUACACAGGGUUGUUUCUCUCCCAAACAAAUGAUUAUCCUUUUGCAGCACAUGUAAAGAAACAAACAAAAGGACCCUGGCAAUACCAGUGCAUCCAAUCGUAGCUUCCAAUCAGUUUCCUCCUUUAUUUUGAUUUCCUUUGAUAUUUAUCUUUAUCUCAUUUCAAGCUUUAUUUUCAAAAAGCUUGGUUUCAAGAAAGUUUAUUUUCUUUAUAGAUUUCAUUAUAGGUUAUUUCCACUUUACAUCUUUUCCUGUUGAUAACUGGAAACACUGAGCUAAGUUAUUCAAUCUGUCACUUUUAUAUUUGAAUUCUAAUUAGUCUAGAAUAUAAAUAUAUUUAAUUAAAAUAUAUUGAAUGUAGCAUGCAUUGUAAAUGUUAUUAUCAUUCUUUAUUGGCACUUAAUUACAACUUACUUAAAACUAAUAUUCAUUUAUACUUUUUGUAAUACUACCAAUUUUUGUGCUAACUCUACUUAAUAAAAAUAAAAUUGUGCCAGA